AUAUUGGUGAAAUUAAUAUUACAUCUAAAAUGUUGCUUUUGUGUCUUUCCAUAAUCAGCCUACAUAUCUAUUUCUUGCUGGCUAUUGGGAGGCCUAUAGUUGAGUUCCAUCAGAGUGUUGUACCUUUCUUAUUCUGAAAGAGCUAAUAGUCAAAUCCAAUAUAGUUUACAAAAUUAUAUGGAACACAAUAUGGAGGACAGGUUGGCUUUUUAAUAAAGACAUUAAGAUGGAAACCUGCGUAAUAACAUGUGCUUCUUUCAAGGCCAUAAAGAUGCCAAGAUUGAAAAAAUAGCUGACGCUCCACAGAUAAGCAAUAACCAGUUCACAAUGUCUUCCUAGCUUGCGAAUUCUGCACAUUGGUCCCCACAGAAACAAAGAUUUUUUUAAACAGAACGCUCUGUCAGACAAAGGAGGGAAAUGUAAAGUUAAUACAGAGGGAUGUCUAUAGUGCGCAAUGCGAUUUUUUUUUAAAAUGAGGGUGCUGUGCCACUCUGGCUCAAUCCUCUCAGACAAAUUUGUGUACCUGAUGUAUGUUUUGACCGUUCUUUUGUACUAGUUUUCUUUCAAUGUUCGAAGAGAAGUAUUUUUUUCUCACCCAAAGCUCUCUCAAAGUAUUCUAGGAUGUUCUUUCAAGCUGUCACUCAACCAAGUUAUGUCCCUAAUCAGACUAGAUAGAUCUUCCUGUUCUUUUGAGUUGUCUCUCAUCCAAGUUCUGUCCUUUAUCAGACUAGAGAGCACUAUCUGUUGUUUUUCAAGCUACCUAGAUACUUGCAGCUCUAUUCUCCUUUGUUCAGGAUUUUGCUCUGUCUGUUUAAUUUCUCCCAAAGCCUGUCAGGAUACUUGACAUCCAGUCCCAGGCUAUAUUUAUAUAUUCCUAUAUAUUCCCCUUUUGAUGAAAUGGUCCGUGUCAGAUGAAAUAGGAUAUCAUUGAAUGAGCUUGCAACCUAUGAAAAUUAAUUGUUUAUUCUUUGUUUUAUCCUAACUUUGUUUAUUUUUUCCUAUUUUUUACCUUUUGAAUCGAGUUCAUAGAGACCUGAAUUCCACGAUGGCCACGUGGCAUUCGGGUAGAUGUGUUAGAUGAGAUUGGAGAUGCCUUUAUCUCAGAACAAAAUCUGUUAGGUAGUUAAAAAGUGAUCUCACAUCCCCCACCAUCCAUAGAAUUCUGGAUUAAUGGAGGGAAUGAAUAGGACACUAAAGAGCGUGGAAGUUAGUUUUGACCUACAGGCUCUCAGCAAUUAAUUAAUUACAUACACACAGCAAUUAACCCAAACCCUAUCAGUCUUGCAUUCACAGGUAUUGAAAACGCAGUAGCUGCUGCCAGUUGAACCCUGCCACAGUCCAUACUACUUGGGAGACUACGUACUGAUAAAGUACUGGGAUUGGACAAAACUGGGACUGUGUUAGAGGGGACUGUACCAGGUGCUACUAUGACACCAACCACCGUGAAGAUUGAAGAUUACUGCAGUUGGAGACAUCUGAUACAAUUGACUGUAAAUGGAGGAGAACCAAGAAAGAACAAUGGGGCUAUUAACCCUCCUUUUUAUCCUGAGGUUGGCCCAGAUGGCUGGACUUGGGGAACCCCCUGCACCAAGAUAUCCUGAAUAAGGCUGACAACUGUCCUUACAUUUAUAACACUGACCAAGAUGGAUCCAUUACCACAGGUUCUUGAAGUAAUCAGAAAAAGGUUGCAGCUUAUCCUGGAGCUACAGACAGAACUGAAACAGAUGGAAAAUGCGCUCACCAAUGCCCAGUCUGAAAAUGACCACCUCGCUUCCAUCACACAGCUGCUGAAGGAGAGCAAUCAGGUUGUGAAGUUGCAAAGCCUUGAUUUUGGAGUGCAACUCAGUUACAGAACUGGAUUGAGGUAAAUCCCAGCCGGGAUCAAAGUGAGGAGCUGAGUUGGGAUGGAUGAGACAGACAGUCGCCAUUGAUGAAGGAAGAAGAAUGCUACUUUCACACGCUGAUGGACAACUUGGGAGAAAGAACGUCUUUACAGAUCAGGAAGAAGUGCAAAGCCUUUGGUGACAACUUCGGAAAGAUGAGCCACAUUUGAUCAACAAUUUUUAAGCAUUUUGAGCUCUAUCGUAGGACCAAGGGUCUAGACAGAGAGAAGCUGAACAUUUUGAGACAGAUGGACCUCUUGAAAGAGAUUAUGCAUAACCCUAUCCAGGAAGACAAUUACUCAGAUCUGGUUAAUCAGUGUGAUGACAAUCAGGACAUUGAUGAGGAUGGCAAUGAUGGUGUUCCUGAUGAGAAGGAUAAUUGUAGUUUAGUUCCCAACCCUGACCAGAUCGAUGCCGAUAGUGACGGCAGAGGAGACACUUGCAAGGACGACUUUGACAACACCAUCCCAGAUAUCUAUGACAUGUGCCCUGAGAACAGCGCCAUCAGCAAGACUGACCUGAGGAAGUUCCAAAGGGGACAAUGCAGAUUGAUCGUAACUGGGGAGUUGCUGCAGACUGCCAACUCUGAUCCUGGCCUUGCUGUCGGAUUCGAGGAGUUCAACACCAUCAACUACAAUGGCACCUUCUACGUCAACAUAGACCGCAAUCUACGGUGGCUUUGUCUUUGGCUUCCAGUCCAGCAGCCGCUUCUACGUGGUGAUGUGGAAGCAGGUCACCCAAACCUACUGGGAGGAGAAGCUGUCCAAAGCCCAUGGAUACGCUGGAGUCUCACUCAAGUUGGUGAACCCCACCACGGGCCGAGAGGGGGGGGAAGCACCUGUGCAAAGCACUCCAAAAAGACUUGCAACACUCCCGGACAGGUGCGAACUUUAUGGCACAACCCCAAGAAUAUUGACUGAAAGGAUUACACCGCCUACCGGUGGCACCUGAUCCAUCGAUACUAAACAAGCUUCAUCAGGAUGGUUGUCAAUGAAGAGAGUGAGAACUGGUUGCCAUACCUUUGGUUUCAUGGACUUUGGGGUACUGUGAUACAUUACGGCACUAUCAUUCUGCUCUAAUGCUUGCAACCAUUAUGUGUCUAUUGAGGACUGUGAAUGUUAUCAUGCAUGAUAAAAAGGGGGGAAUCAAAGAGCUAAUAGUCAAAUCUAAUAUAGUUUACAAAAUUAUAUGGAACACAAUAUGGAGGACAGGUUGUCUUUUUAAUAAAGACAUUAAGAUGGAAACCUGUGUAAUAACAUGUUGUGGCGGAACCUGGUGGCAAGCCACGGGCACAACGAACCUCGGCUCUGGAGGGCGGCAUCUCGGUGUGGAAGGUGCUAGUCAUGGGGUUUGUACCUGAGUUGGUAUUUAAGGCAGGGCAACGCCCAUGACCUUUGAGGAGUAGGGAGCUGUAUCGGAGAGAAUAAACACGUCUCAUUCACGCAACCCAAGUCCACUUAGUUUUUGGCUGGACUCCUGUGAGUCCCCGCUACAACGUGCUUCUUUCAAGACCAUAAAGAAGCCAAGAUUGAAGAAAUAGAGAUAAGCAAUAACUUGUUAUUGGAUGAGCUUGAUUUGGACCCAGCUUUUCCAAUAUUCUGAAAGGCUAUAGAAUCUUUCACUCAUGCCAUAUUCAGACUUGGUAGGCGUGUUUUACAUAAGAAAAAUGUAUAAUUGCACUAACUUUCCUUUGUUCUGUGAGUGGAGCCCAAGAAGCACUGAACAACGUUUAUGUUCUUUGUAGAUCUUGCCACUCCCGUCUGACGAAUCGAUUAAAGAUUUACUUGGUUUACCUUUAACAAUUUUGUUGCUAUCUGCUUUUUAGAGAUGAACUUUGACAAUUCCUGAGCUGUCCCAUAUUGUCCCAAUGAAAGCUACAUUUGUUAACAAUUUUCUAUUAAUAUACCCUUCUCUUCUGCAUUGAUUUUGUGACUAAUCAACUAAUUUCAUAAACGAAUAACUAAAAAGUAUAAAAUCAACAUGUUCAAAAUCUGGAAAGGUGCAAAGUGCUGGAGUAACAA